CCAGCACUACAAGUACAAAACCCAAAAUCAUAAAAGGAGUAGCAACUGAGAGUCAGAAUUUGUAUAACUUGGAUUGAGAUGGAUUUUCGACGUAGGACCGAGCUCUUUUUCGUCGCAUUAGCCGUCGCCAUGCUCGCCUGCCCCACCGGGAUAGCUGGCUGUGGUAAUUGCCCGAAGCUGUGGACUGGUUUUAGAAAUCAUUGUUACAGGUUCUUCAGUCAUGAAUUGAACUGGCUAGCGGCCGAAAACUUUUGCCGCAACUUCACAGUGCCCUCUCUCGGCGAAUGGGGAGAAGUCACGCGCACCCGUUCUGGGCAUCUCGUCUCCAUCCAUUCUCAACCCGAACACGAUUUCGUGACUGCUCUCUACGAAUCCUCACGGAAGAAAGGGGAUGAAUACGCAGGACAUUGGUUUGGUCUACACGACACCUCUACUGACGGCACCUUCGAAUGGACGGACGGCACCACGGUCGAUUUCACCCACUGGAAGCCAGGACAGCCCGACAACCACCCGAACACCGUUGGCAACGAGAACUGUGGGGUGAUGAGGUCUCGUUACGGCAAUGAAUGGCAAGAUGGUCAGUGCGUGCAGCCAAGUCAUUCUCUUAUUCAUUACUUCAUCUGUAAGACACCGUCACUGUAGAAUCAUUCGGCGUUACAAGCAUAGCCAGAAAGGGGCGAGAGGCCCAGACGGGAGGGGUGACAUCAGGGGCGUCGCUAGACCUUUUUCAGUGGGGG